AUGAACAUACGGUUCUAUUCCGCUUAUUCUUCGCUAUCCCGACAGUUCAACAUUCUCAGUUUUUUGCGACCAGCAAAUUGGUUUGUAUACCACACCGAAGCUCGUGUUCGACGUAAUGGUACUUUUAAUGGCCGAUCUGGGGCAUCUGAAGUCGAUCCGCGAAUCCUCAGUAAAGGAAUUGCCGAGGCAUACAGAUGCAUGCUAGGUGUUCCAGGCUUCCCUGUUCAUUGUUAUUUGAAGCUACUGGUAUUCUAUUUUCUUGAUGGCCGUACGCGGACCGACGAUGAAGCAAAGGCCUUGGACAGAUGA